UUCAGAAAAUUUAGAAAAGGAAAAGGAAAAAAAAAAAAAAAAGGAAAAGGAAAAGAAGAAGCUACGCGUGCCUUCGUUGUAUCUCGGCUCCGUAGAAAAUCUUCACAAUGAGAUCUACGGUUCUUUACGCCCUGCUUGCCUCGACUGCAGUUCAGGGUGCUGCGUUGAAUCGCGAUAGAAAUGGCAAUCUGGUUCGCAGGGACAGCUUAUUGGAUCAGCUGGGCCAGCUUCUCGGUCUGCCUGGUUUGGGGAGUGGAGAUAAUUCGGUUGUGAUCACUACAAUCACAACCACCGUCAUUCCCGGAGCUACUCAAGUGGUUGGAAACCCAGUCGCGACAAUAAUCUCAGUUCCGCCUCCGGCUCCUCCACCAGCCGCCCCGACGGUGAAUCCUAAUGGAGACGGAGUUGGCGUCACCACGAUUCCAAUCCCAUCAUCUCUGUUACCGACGACGACGUUUUCCAUAGCUCCUCCACCAGCGGCAUCACAGCCUCCUCCACCAGCGCCGCCUCCUCCUCCGCCGGCUGUCAGCGCUCCUCCAGCAGUACCGCCUCCAGCAUCUUCUGCUCCGCCGCCGCCGCCUCCCCCUCCGGCUGUCAGUGCUCCUCCAGCAGUACCGCCUCCAGCAUCUUCUGCUCCUCCUCCUCCUCCUCCACCGCCGCCGCCGCCUCCUCCUCCAGCGGUAAACUCUACGGCACCUCCGCCUCCCCCUCCGGCAACAUCGGCUGUGCCUCCUCCUCCGCCGCCUCCUCCGGCUUCUACUAGCAUCGCAACCUCAAACCUGCCGCCUUCGCCGAUUUUCAGCACGCUCCCUGUAUCCUCCGCAGCAUCAACAUCUUCGGCUACUGUGACAACCUCUCAAAGCUCAUCCUCUACCUCCGCAAGUGCAUCAUCCUCUGCGGCAGCUCCCGUUGAGGUUUCCACGUCUCUUAUCAAGCCUCCUCCAGCCGCCACUACCAGCGUUUCCACAAGCGUUGCUUCAACGACAUCAUUGGCUACGACUUCAGCGCCUGCCUCCAGUGCUUCUGCUUCCAGUGCUUCAACUUCCAGCGCUUCAACUUCCAGCGCUUCAACGUCCAGCGUUUCAACUUCCAGUGCUCCUGCUACGACCGCACCUGCUGCAACUACAACUGCUCCUGCAAGUUCAGUUGCUCCCGCGAGCUCGGCCACCCCCGUCGAUUCACCUACUUCGGUUGCUCCCGGAGCGCCAGCCAACACUCUCGUCCUCGGCAGCCUUGCUUCCAGUGCUCCACUGCCAGAUGGAGAGCCAGCCCCCCUUCCUCUUCCCCCAGCAGCAACCGCGCCUGCUGUUUUCUCAGCUCCGGCGCCGGAUCUUAAGGGCUAUGAGCUGAGCAGUGUGCUGAAUUUGGGCGCCUUGGUUGCCAUUCCAGGGGCACCCACGCUCACAGCAGCGGCCGCCGCGGCUCCUUCUAUCAUCAUUGAAUCAUGAGAUUCGGGGAAUGGGAUAAAAUAGACGUGUAGUGUAGUUUGGAGGAAUAAGAGUUUUAAUGGUUUGGGGAGAUUUUGAGAUACCAUUUGUCAGUCACAGUUUGCUAAAGGCCAUGUAUGCUUGCGUGUGUUCGUAUAUAUAUCAUUCAUUUAGUCCUUUUGCCCUAACAAAG